AUGUUCUACGUCGACAUCAAAAGAAGUGCCCAGGGAAGCCUGUUCAAAGUUUACCGACAUCACAACAUGAAGAGGGCUACACUCAGGCCUGUGCAGAACAUGAUCCUCGAAAACGAGAUCAGUACUGCGAACCUGGCUGUUCCUCAGUGCGGUGGAUCCAGUGAUGAUUCUAUCGUUGUUCGCCAAUCAGGAGAUGAAGAUACAGCCGAGCCUGAUUUGAGCUCGCCCCAAUCGAAUGUAGAUCAGAGUGCUACAAUAAGCAAGGCCGAUCUUGCUCUGGAUAUCACUAUCGCCGCUCAGCAAGUUGACGAAACAGGUCGACUCAGCCAAGAAGCCUCUCUAGAGAACACUGAAUCCACCACAUCUGAGAACAAUCCUGGCUCGGGGGCACAGCAUGUCAAUCUCUCCGACUUUCUGGUGCUCGGAGACUCAUUCAUAUCUGAGAUCCACCCAGACGAUUUCGAUUUGAGGGGCGUCACAGACUUGAUGUUUGACUUCAAUACCAACACCAUCAUCUCACCCCCUUCUGCAGAGACAUGCAUCCUCUUAGAUCCAAGUCGACGUGUAAGACCAGUCUCGCUAUUCUUCGACGCUCCCGAAAGCCUACCUCAGUACCAAUCUUCCUAUGACACACCUCAUCUGUUCAGUUGCUCGGAUGACGAUGCCAUUGCAGUCAACAACGCUUUCGCCAGGGCAAAGGGCACUACAAUUAGCACUUCAGACUCAAUCUGUCUCAGUCGCAAUCAGAUUUCACGUUGGAUCAACGCGUACUUCGAACACUUUGACAUACAUACGCCCAUAGUGCAUCGGCCGACUUUCAUCCUUUCAACUACUCCAGCAUCUUUGCUUUUGGGCAUGCUGGCCAUCGGUGGCUGCAUUGUAUCAGAGCAUGGUCCUGCUUCUAAGGCCUAUGAAGCUUCCUGCCAUCUCCUAGCUCAGUACGAGCAAGACCUCUUGCAAAGCUCUAUCUCAGAUUUGUGGCCAAUACAGACUGCCCUAUUGUGUAUUCAGUUUGGGGCCUUUUCAGCCAACCCCCGGUAUGCGCGACAAGCGCAACGACAGUUCUCGCUUGUAACAGAUUUACUGCGCGCAGUAGAAGUUCAAGUUCGCGGAGUCCAGUCAACUCAGGACCCUGAUUGGAAGGACUGGGUCUUCAUAGAGACGUUAAGCAGACUUGCAAGCUGGACUUGCAUUCUGAAUGCUGCCAUAUCGCUCCUCGACCCUGAAUCAACAUGUGUCGCCGCACCUCAAGUAACAGCAGAAAUGAUCGUCCCCUCAAACGACAGCCUCUGGCGAGCACCGUCAGCCGAAGAAUGGGCCCACAACAAGGAAUGGCAGGCGUACAAACCAGUCAAUCUCGUCGAAACUUCGAGACGAGUUUUCACUGGCGAGUAUCCCGCGGUAGCCAUGAGCUCAUUUGGACUUCUCACGUUGAUUGGGGCUCUCGUGGCGAACAUUUGUGCUAGAGAACGGUACUCUCCUGAAAUGGCCCCCAUCCUUGAUCGUGAGUAUUGUGCAAAGAUAGAGAGGAGCCUUCAAGCCUGGGAGACUCUAUGGCGCAGUCACCCUCACGCUGGAGGCUCGCAGAACAUGAAGAGCGAUCCCAAGAUGACGGACUGUCUAUGUCUGCUAAACUCUGCGUACCACCAUCUUUACAUGGGCCAGGAGCUCCAGAUCCUGAAGAGAAUCGCGAAAGAACCUCAAUGUCAUCUGGCAGUCCCCAAUUUCCCCACUGAAAGGAAGGUUCUUGUUGUUAUCAAGUACGCUAUGACUUCUUGGUUGGCGGAUACCGUAACAGGCAUCGCUCAUAGGCAGCGGAAGGCGGCAUUCGAAUUCGGUGGGCUUGGCCCAAUGGUAGCAUAUGAGACUGCGCUGAUUAUCUCGUGGUGGCUGAGUCUUCGGCAAAGUCUUCCAUCACCACCUUCUGUCUCUGUCCUAGAGGGGGAGAGAGAAAGCUUGGAAGCCAUCGGUCACUUGUUUCAAGACAUUCUGAAGGAACUAGAUGAGCAGUGCAUUACGUCCGAUGGAGACCUUUCGGAUCUACGUUCCCGAGCCCUGUUCCACUACCAAGUGUUGUUGGGGCAGUGGGUGUGGCCGUACACGAAUGCCAUGAACCACGCCCUGCAAGCCCUCGCAUCUUGA